AUGACAAGAUCACAAAGUCGUUUUCAAGCAAGCGGAGAUAGAAACUUGAGAAGUAUAUUACCUGCGAAGAAGUCGGUCACAGUAAAUAGUCCUACAAGUAACGAGGAUGAGAAAUACCAGAAAUAUCAAAAGGAAAUUGAAAGGUUGAUUAAGGAACUAGAACUGAAAGAAUUGAAAGAAAACGAGAAAGAGUGCCUGAUAAUCAUGUUACAAGACGAAAUUCAAAUUUUGAAAAGAGAUAGCCUGGAGAAGGAGAAAUACAUCACUCAACUAAAAAGACGCAAUCAGGAUUUUGAAGAUGAUGUAAUUGAAGCAGAACAAAGUUUUUCCAUAGAAACUCAAAAGCAUAGGCAGACAAUAUCGGAACUCAAGGAAGAAAUCGUUAAAAUGACUGAAGAUAUCACACUUUUACAAGAGAAAAAUGAAGAGUCCGAGUCGAAGCUCAGAGAAGCAGAAAGUAUCAUCAAGGAAAUGAAGGAAAUGAGAGAAAAUAUGUUAACAUCCAUUGAGGUUCUUACUCAAGAAAAUUGUUUAUAUUCUAGCAAAGUGAAGGAGAUAAGGAAUGAAAGACACUUAGCUGAAGUAGAUCUAAAUAAAUACACGAAGCCACAGAAAAACGAAAAGAGUGGAAAAACAGUCGCAGAGAGAAAAGGAAAUAGGAAUCCUGAGAAUAGUCCUAGAAUAACUCAUGGAGCAUCUGGAAAUAGGAUUUUAAUAGUUUCAGGAAUUCAAGGUAGGGAUGUUGCAAAUAAACUGAACAAUAUAUUAGAUUACAACCUAGACACACAGCAACAUGUGGAUGAGUUAUUAGAAUUAUUGCAUAAUGAUUCUGAAAACCUUGGAGAGAGCGACUCAGAUUCAUCAGAUGACUGCGAAGUAGAGCAAACACAAAAUACAGUGAGUAAUGCUACGCCGGCUCCUUCUGUUGUCCUGGAGCAAAACACUAAAAGAAGUAGCGUACCAAAAAAGUCAAAACCUGAAUUCACAUGGGGUAAAAAGAUAUUUCAAAGUGUCGAAGACAAGCCGAAUGAGAAAGACUUUCUAGCUAAUAGGACAGGCGUUGUAUUCAAAACUCCAUUGGAAUACUUCUGA